UUUGCCUUCGAUCACUGCUUCUGGUCCAUGGAUGAGUCCAACAUCCCGAAGUACGCCGGUCAGGAGGUCGUGUUCAAGUGCCUUGGGGAGGGAAUACUUGAAAAUGCAUUUCAAGGAUACAACGCCUGCAUUUUUGCCUAUGGACAAACAGGCUCGGGGAAAUCCUUCUCAAUGAUGGGCAAUGGAGAGCAGCCAGGCCUGAUCCCGAGACUCUGCUGCUCGCUGUUCGAGAGGGUCUCCCAAGAGCAGAACGAGGCCCACUCCUUCAAGGUGGAGGUCUCCUUCAUGGAGAUCUACAAUGAGAAGGUCCGAGACCUGCUGGAUCCCAAAGGGAGCAGACAGUCUCUGAAGGUCAGGGAACAUAAAGUCCUGGGUCCGUAUGUGGACGGGCUCUCUCAGCUGGCUGUGAUGAGCUUCGAGGACAUUGAAUCUCUGAUGUCGGAGGGGAACAAAUCCCGCACUGUAGCCGCCACCAACAUGAACGAGGAGAGCAGUCGCUCGCACGCCGUCUUCAGCGUCAUCGUCACGCAAACGCUCUACGACCUGCAGUCGGGGAAUUCUGGAGAGAAAGUGAGCAAGAUUAGUCUGGUUGAUCUGGCCGGCAGCGAGCGUGUGUCCAAGACUGGAGCUGCUGGAGAGAGACUGAAGGAAGGAAGCAACAUCAACAGGUCUCUGACCACGCUGGGCUGUGUGAUCUCCGCUCUGGCUGAUCAGUCUGCAGGGAAAGGCAAGAGCAAGUUUGUGCCUUACAGAGACUCAGUGCUGACGUGGCUGCUCAAGGACAAUCUCGGUGGCAACAGCAAGACGGCCAUGAUCGCCACCAUCAGCCCAGCCGCUGACAACUACGAGGAGACGCUGUCGACGCUGCGCUACGCCGACCGAGCCAAGAGGAUCGUCAACCACGCCGUAGUCAAUGAGGACCCCAACGCCCGCAUCAUCAGGGAGCUCCGGGAGGAGGUGGAGAAGCUCAAAGUGCAGCUCUCUCAGGCGGAGUCUCUGAAGGCUCCUGAGCUGAAGGAGAAACUUCACGAAUCGGAGAAGCUCAUUCAGGAAAUGACGGUCACUUGGGAAGAGAAACUCCGGAAAACGGAGGAGAUUGCACAGGAUCGUCAGAAGCAGCUGGAGAGCAUGGGGAUCUCUCUGGAGUCAUCAGGGAUCAAAGUCGGAGAGGACAAAUGCUUCCUGGUCAACCUGAACGCUGAUCCUGCUCUUAAUGAACUUCUGGUUUACUACCUGAAGGAUCACACGCGUGUGGGUGCCGACACAUCUCAGGACAUCCAGCUGUUCGGCAUCGGGAUUCAGUCUGAGCACUGUGUGCUGGACAUCACGGCUGAUGGAGACGUCAUGCUCUCGCCGCUGGAGAACGCCAGGACCUGUGUGAACGGCACAAUGCUCUUCUCCAAGGUUCACCUGUGGCACGGAGAUCGCAUCCUGUGGGGAAACAACCACUUCUUCAGAAUCAACCUGCCGAAGCGCAAGCGGCGCGACCGUUUAAAGGAGAUGGAGAGGGAUUGCUCCCGCGAGAGCUUCGUGGAGGCCGACGUGGAGACGGCCAGUGAGGCUUCGUCCGAGCAGGACUACAGCUACGAGUUUGCACAGAUGGAGGUCAUGAUGAAAGCUCUGGGGAACAACGACCCCAUGCAGAACGUGGUGCAGGUUCUGGAGAAGCAGUAUCUGGAGGAGAAGCGUCUGGCUCUGGAGGAGCAGCGUCUGAUGUACGAGCGGGAGCUUCAGUCCCUGCGGCAGCGGCUCUCGCCGGAGAAGGUGUCGCAACACCAGCGCUGCAGCAGCGACCGCCUGCCCUUCCCCACACACUCCACACACUCCACACACAGCAAAGAGCGGCUGUGGACGGAGGAGAGGGACGAGCUGUUCCGCCAGAGUCUGUCUCGGCUGCGCGAGCAGGUGGUGAGAGCGAACGCGCUGGUGCGAGAGGCCAACUUCCUGUCCGAGGAGAUGCUCAAGCUCACCGACUACCAGGUCACGCUGCAGAUACCAGCCGCCAACCUCAGCGCCAACCGCAAGCGUGGCGCUAUAGUCAGUGAACCAGCGAUCCAGGUGCGACGCAAAGGGAAGGGAACACAGGUUUGGACCAUCGAGAAAUUGGAGAACAAACUAGUGGACAUGAGGGACCACUACAGGGACUGGAGGGAAGGCACACAGGAAGUGGUUACCCAGCAGCACAGUAAGGCAGGAGAUCCGUUCUAUGAAGCUCAAGAGAAUCACAACCUCAUCGGCGUCGCGAACGUCUUCCUGGAGUGUCUGUUUCAUGACGUCAAGCUGCAGUAUGCGGUUCCCAUCAUCAGCCAGCAGGGAGAGGUCGCCGGCCGUCUGCAUGUGGAGCUGGUCCGUGUGAGCGGAGUCGUGCCGGAGCGUCUGGCGGGAGGAGACGAUUCCUCCGAGAACUCCAGCGAGAGCAGCGGAUACGAGGUCAUGGACAAUAACGGAGAGAUCGUCCACAUGGCCAGAAAACUCACCUGCAGGGUGCGGAUCCGAGAGGCGUCUGGUUUGCCUCUCAACCUGUCCAACUUCGUCUUCUGUCAGUACAGCUUCUGGGAACAACCAGAGCCAACUGUGGCCCCGCCCAUGAUCAGCCCGGACACGCCCACCCUGCGCACGCCCGACGCCGAGUUCACCGUGCGCUUUCAGCACUGCAGGGAUUUUGUGGUGCAUGUGACGGAGGAGUUUCUGGAGUUCAUCUCAGAUGGAGCUCUGGCCAUCGAGGUUUGGGGUCACCGGUACGCAGGUAACGGCCGCUCCGUCUGGGAGCUCGACGCACUGCAGGACAAGACACGGACGCUCAGAGACAGGUGGAGUGAAGUGUCUCGUAGGAUAGAGCUGUAUGUCUCCAUACAGGAGUUGAAUGAGCAGGGCGAGUAUUCGUCUGUAGAGCUGCAUCCCAACAAAGACAUCAGCACUGGAGGCGUGUUUCAGCUGCGGCAGGGUCACUCCCGGAGGCUUCAGGUGUGUGUCCAGCCGGUCCAGCAUUCGGGGACUUUGCCGUUGAUGGUGGAAGCCGUUCUGUCCGUCUCUAUCGGCUGUGUUUCCGCUCGCUCCACGAAACUACAGAGACCCCUGGACAGCUAUCAGAAGGAGGAAGACGACGAUAUGGAUAGUUAUCAGGAGGAGGACCUGAACUGUGUGCGGGAACGCUGGUCUGAUGCCCUCAUCAAGCGCAGGGAAUAUCUGGAAGAGCAGAUCAAGAAGAUCUUCAACAAAUCGGUGAAGAAGUUCUGGUGUCCCACCUCACACUCUGCUCUGAGACUGCUGCGAGAGGGAGUGCUGGGUGCACCGUCACACAUCAUCCUCCACACCGGAACAAACGACCUCAGUGCGAGGGUGGACGUCACUAAAGCCCUGUCCAACGUGGUGAAAACAGCCAGCAGGAUCUACCCCGGAGCCAAGCUCAUCAUCUCAACCCUUCUACCCCGCAGAGACGUCCCUCAAAGGAUCAUCAACACAAUCAACGCGGAGAUAGCCAACAUCUGUGCUUCAAUGCCGAACGUUCACAUAGCCAACCAUCAGCGCAUCACCCACGAGCAUCUAUAUGACCGUCUCCACAUCCAUCGCGAGGGCAUGAGACUGUUCGCUAAAACCAUCAAGGAGUCAGCCCUGAAACGGCCUCAGAGAACACCCCCUGAGCGUGAGAGAGUCCGACCGAUGGACAGCUACGCCGCUGUAGUGGCAGGAACAGAUGAGGACAUGUACCUGUGUGCCACAUACAUCCCCCCAUACGAGUCUCCUUAUUAUAAUGAAGACAUCUUCCCAACCCUACAGUCAGAGAUCGUUUACUUUCAAUCUGUAGGAUCGGUUCUGUUAAUGGGGGAUCUGAACGCUAGAAUGGGGAAGGAAGCGGAUUACAUUACCUCCGAUGGAGACAAAUACAUUAACAAUUCACAUAUAUAUCAGCGGAAACACUUUACGAAGGCCCGUCAGAAUUAUGACAACACGAUAAACAGGCACGGAAAACAAGUCCUCCAGCUCUGCAAGAGUCUGGGCCUGUAUAUAGUUAACGGCAGAACCAAGGGAGAUUCUCUGGGUCGGUUCACCUACUGCUCAUCUCUCGGAAGCAGCACAGUAGAUUACGCCAUCACUGAUGUAGACCACAGUAAACUCAACUAUUUCACAGUAAUGCCACAGCUACCAUUAUCAGACCACAGUCACACAGUCCUCAGUCUGAACAGAGCCGUGAGUCUCCGGCCUUCAGACCCGAAGGCUAAACUGCACCCCCUCCCCUCCACAUUUAUAUGGGGUAAAGACAGUCCGGCCCAGUAUGAAGCCCAGCUCCACAGCACUCGGGGUGAGAAGUACGACCCAAAUAAUUACAGGGGCAUUACAGUGAGCAGCAACCUGGGCAAACUCUUCUGCUCUAUCAUCAACGACAGGCUAGUCCAGUUCCUCCAAGAACACAAGACCCUAAACAGCUUCAAACUAAAGGAGUCCGUCAAGGCUGCAGCCUCAGCCCGAAUUUUCUUUAAUAUCUAUAUUAAUGAACUGGCAUCAGCUCUGGAGAAGUCCUCUUGUCCUGGUCUGACCCUCGAGGGCAGAGAAAUCAAAAGCCUCCUGUACGCUGAUGAUCUCCUGCUGCUUUCUCCUCAUGAAGAGGGUCUGCACCAAAGCCUCUCGCUUCUGGACCAGUACAGCAGCGACUGGGCCUUACCCAUCAACAUGGACAAGUCCAAAAUUAUGAUCUUCCAGAAAAAACCUCGCCUUACUGACAAAAAAUACAAAUUUACACUUGGGGGAACAAUUCUUAAUCAUGUCACCUGUUAUAAUUAUUUGGGUCUGACAAUCUCAGCCUCUGGAAAAUUUGACACUGCAAUAAAAGAUCUGACUGAUAAAGCACGUAGGGCUUAUUACAGUAUAAGAAAACCCCUGUUGAAAUAUAACCCACCCAUCAAACUGUGGCUGAAAAUCUUCGACAGCAUCAUCAAACCCAUCCUUCUUUACGGCUGUGAAAUCUGGGGGCCCAAAUAUAAACUAAAUUAUGAAUCCUGGGACAAAACCCCGGCUGAAAUUUUCCACCUCGAGUUCUGUAAAAACAUCCUGGGAACUCACAGAAACGCCCCCAGUCUGGGGUGCCGGGCAGAACUGGGCAGAUUCCCUCUCCUAUCGGAGAUCCAGAAGAGAGCCGUAAAGUUCUGGUUCCAUCUCUCAGAUGCGCAGACAGAGAGUUACCAUCACUGCGCUCUCAGAUACAGGGCAGGACUCACCGAGGGCGACCCCAUGAUACAUUUAGUGAAAAAACACCAACUCAAUUCAUUUAUUCAAUUCAGACACUCAAAAGUAAAAGAAAUAGGGAAAAUAACCAAAGAAGAAUACAUACACGAUUGGCAGAUAAAGGUCACACAACUAAAUAAACUAAAAUAUUUCAACAAAAUAAAGUCAGAUUAUAAAUUGGCUCCAUACCUGACUGAUAUCAGUAACUAUGGCCAGAGAAAGAUCCUGACUAAGUAUCGCAUUAGUGACCACAGUCUGUGUGUGGAGACGGGCCGACACAAGCAGAGCUGGAGAGAGAGAGAGCUCCGAGUGUGUCUGCACUGCCCUGAUGGGGCCGUAGAGGACGAGUUGCACUUCCUCACCGAGUGCAGCAAGUAUAAAAACAUCAGAGAUGCUUAUUUCACGCAAAUAGCUCAGAUUGUACCUCAAUUCCAACAAGCGAGCCCCAUAAACAAACUGUCUUAUAUUUUGGGAGAGAAAGAAGAGUGUGUUCACCUGGCAGCGCAGUACGUAGUCCAUUGCUACGCUGAUGAUACACAACUUUAUCUCAAAACAAACUCAACCCACCACCCCCUCACUACUCUGCCCUCAUCUUCAUCCACACCACCCCUUCUGACCUCAUGCCUGGAGGAGAUUAAGGCCUGGAUGAGUCAGAACUUCCUUCAGUUAAACUGCUCCAAAACUGAAGCAAUUCUUGUCGGCACUCCCCAUCAGGUCCAGUCGUCCCGGAUUACCUCUAUCACCUUCUCUGGAAAAGACAUCCCUCUCUCAUCAACAGUAACCAACCUCGGUGUAAGAUUUGACCCUCACCUUACUUUUGACAACCACAUCAAACAUCUGUGCAAAUCAUCCUUUUUCCACCUCAGGAAUAUUGCCAAACUGCGCCCCACUCUCACUCUUUCCGACGCCACAAAACUUGUCCAUGCCUUUGUCUCCUCCAGGCUGGACUAUGGCAACGCACUUCUCUAUGGGAUCUCUAACAAGUCUCUGCAGAAACUCCAAUACAUACAGAACAGUGCUGCUAGGAUCCUGAUGAGAGUGCGUAAAUAUGAACAUAUAACACCCAUCCUUCAAGCACUCCACUGGCUUCCCAUCUCCGCCAGGAUUCAAUAUAAAAUCAAUCUCCUCACACACCAAUGCAUCCAUGAACCAAGCUCCGGACCAUGGGAGACCGCGCUUUUUCCUCUGCUGCCCCGCAACUAUGGAAUUCACUGCCAGUCCACCUGA